AUGUGCUUCAAAUUCCAUCAAAUGAUCUACAUUGCAGCAUACACUGCUGCGCCUUUAUUGUGCAGGUCAAGUGUUUGCCAAAUUAAUCCAACCCAGAAUACCAUCAUUUUAGAGAAACCAUUCUGCUUCGCUACACAAGCAACGAUAGCCAGCGUCAUCCUAUAUGUAGCGAAGAACUCUGCUGUUAACAACAAUUUGGCUUUGACAAAUUCCUAUUCCUCAACGAAUGGUGGAAGUACAGCACCAUAUGCAGCUGGCACCUUUGCAAAUCCCAACUGCGCCGAGAACCCCACAAUCGCUGCCGUAAGCAACAACACCUUCCGUGUGGGGAACACUUUGGACUGCUUCAAUGCCCAGUACUGCAAUGGACCUCUCGCCAAUAACACAGCUUACAGGUUUCUGUAUGCUUUUUACGAUGCAAGUAAUAAUAUAUUGACAAGUUCAAGUUGGUCCGCUCCAAUCUCCACCAGGCAAGGUAAAAAUUCAAUAAACAUAGACACCUGGCCCGGUAGAAGAAGCGGUGGGAUGAUCAUCAUCACCUCCAUCCUCAGCGUGUUGAUGUUCUUCAUCUUGGCAGGCUUUGUGGCCGCAGUGAUUACAUAUUUUAUGACACCAGCGAAAGAACAAGAGCCUACCAGACAUGAAAGUCGGUCUUCUCAUACUGUGCAGCAAAAGGCUGAAGGAGGCGCUCCAAGCGUCGAAGUCACGGAACGCUAUGCUAUCAGCCCGCAAGCCUAAAGGAGCUCCUGAAAAGUCAAGCUGAAGAUUAUUUUGUGACUUUUGGACAUAGACAUUUGAUGAUGGUCAUGAUUUCAAUGUUGACUGUUAGUAGGGGGUGGAUAUUACUGAAGUCUAUAUAAUGCCUUUUAGUAUGACGUGGUUCUCAUAAUGGUUUACGACUUAUGUACUGGAGACUAGGGGAACCCAGUACAUAAGUACCUAACCCCUAUCCAUAGGGUCUGACACCUGGGACCCCAUGCAAUCUCCUGCCCAGCACCCCUGCUUUCUCCAUGCACGGAUUACUGC